CCCCUGACCUGCCCGAGGGGGGUGGCCGUUGAGGCGCGCGCGCGCUCGCGGCGGCGGCAUCUCCCGUCCCCUCCCGACCCCUCCCUCAGUCCCGCUCGGCGGCCGCGGCGGCAGCACCGGGGGUGCCAGUCUGGGCAGCGGUGCCUUCUUCUCCGCCUCAGCUCCGCUAUCUCCCGGGCAGGAUGCAGUUUAUGUUGCUUUUUAGUCGCCAGGGGAAACUGAGACUCCAGAAGUGGUAUGUCCCAUUAUCUGACAAAGAAAAGAAGAAAAUCACAAGGGAACUUGUUCAAACAGUAUUAGCCCGCAAACCGAAAAUGUGCAGCUUUCUGGAAUGGAGAGACCUGAAGAUUGUCUACAAAAGAUAUGCAAGCCUCUAUUUCUGCUGUGCUAUUGAAGAUCAGGACAAUGAACUAAUAACUCUGGAAAUAAUCCAUCGCUAUGUAGAACUUCUUGACAAGUAUUUUGGCAGUGUAUGUGAACUUGAUAUCAUCUUCAAUUUUGAAAAAGCCUACUUCAUUCUGGAUGAGUUCCUUUUAGGAGGGGAAGUUCAGGAGACUUCCAAGAAAAAUGUUCUUAAAGCCAUCGAACAAGCAGAUCUUUUGCAGGAGCCACGUCAUGAAUACUUUAAUGUACCAGUGUACUAAAUGGCUUCAUUCAUCAUGCAUGCAGAAUUUCAGAGGAGAUAGACCUGUGACUUACUCAUGACAGAACAUUGUCAUCAGCUUGCUGAAUCCAGUCAUCCUGAAUCUAAUAGAAUGCCACAACCAUUCUCUGCUGUUGUACUUUCCUCUUCCCCCUCUGUUUUACAGUGUUGUCUCUUCACAUGUCUCAUUUCAACAAAACUUGUGCUUGUUGGCAUAUGGUUUAACUUUUUUAUUGUGUGUAAGCUUGAAGUCUUAUGCUUGAAAGUUCCAUAGCAUUUUCUGAGCUAAACAUCUGUGUACUGCAACACCUAUACUCUAACACUGGUACCCAUGUUUAUCUUUUAAAUAGGUUGUGGUGGUAUUUAAACAUAUACAUAAAGUCUGUAGGUGAAGUUAAGACCUACAGAGAAAGUAGUGAAGUAUCAUGAAAUGUGUAUACACACAAGUACUGAAUGAUGCUGAAUGAAAUUCUACCUAGACCAUGCAUCUUAAUUAAAGGUGCAAAUAACACUAUCCCUUUCUGAAGACUGGCACAAUAGUGUGACUGACCUUACAAAAAGGAGGGAGGCAGAAUUAAUUAUGUCAAAAAUAAUAAUGUGUAAAUCUGAAGUUAAAACACUUGUAUUUAAAUGUGCAGAAUGCUCUUAUGAGUAAUUUAAGUUACUGCCACUGAAAGAGAGAACAAUAUCAUUGUUUUCCAAAUGAAUAAUGGAAUCAUAGAAUCAUUAAGGUUGGAAAAGACCUCUAAGCUUACUGAGUCCAACCAUUAAUGGUUAGGAUUGGAAAGUCCAUUAACAGUAUACUUGCAAUGUGCCUUCUUACACUGGCAUUUCCAGUUUUAAAUGCAGGCUGCCUUGUGUAUUGGAGCACUGAUUCUGAAAAUUGUUUCCGUGAAUUAUCAAGGAGGUGGUUACUAAAAAGAACCACAAACAAGCCAGCUCCAUGUACUAUAUGUGGUAAUGCACUACCUUCCAAAUGUUAAACUGACAUAAAAAUGGGAGAUUUUAGGGUGUUAGACAAAAGAUUUGGAUUGGAUUUGCAGCAUUCUGAAAUCUUAGAAAACAAGAACAUAGGAGUGGUUUUCCAUUUCCAAGUUUGCCUUUUUUCUGUAAGCCAUUAACAAUGUGUUUGGAUGUCUGGUUAAUGCUGCUUUAGCCUGCAUUAUUUCAUGCCUGUUGGCUUAAAAUGCUGUGCAUUGAGCUGUAAUGAGAUGCUGUUUUUCUUGUUAUCUGUAUACAGCUGCUUGCUUCUAAAUGACUAGGUAAUGAAUUAGCUUUUCUGGCAUGUUUGAAAUAAAGUAUUGCAUGCACUUUUGUCUCAUGUGAAUGAAUUUUUUUCCUCAUCAGUGUUCUGAUAUUUCAAAUUUGUGUUGUUUGCCUUGGGUGAUUCUGAGCUGCAGGUAGUGUGUAACACUGCAGAAUGUUUUCCAUAAGAAUUGGAUUAAAUGUUUGACACUUAGUAAAACAAAUAAUGUGAACAAAAUAGAAUUAAUUCUAUUUGUUUCUUAAAAGUAAUAAUUACUGAAGUUAUUCCUCUAGCAAAGUGCAUUAGCUUAUAAGGUGUUCCUUGAGAUCAUAUUGUUGAUGAGCACAUAAGAAGGCACAUCUGUCUCAAGGUUACUGCUUCAGUAAUAAAAAAAAAAAUAAAAUAUAUCUGAGUUCUAUGGGUGAUGUAUCUGUGGACAAGUAGCUAAUGUCCUUGAAACAGGUUGCUUUUAAUGGUUAGCCAAUGACCUUGGUUUACUUGAAGAAACUUAGUGUUUAAGUAUAUGCCUGCUGAAAAUAAUCUCAGACUUUGAAUUGGCAGUGAAAACAGGAAUACUAAACUGCUCUAAAAACAGUGGCAGUACCGUUCUGUAUUUCUUCCUAGCUGUAAAGAACUUUAUUUUCAGGUAACUUUGUAAAUAUCCUGUUGCACUCUUGAGUAACUCUUAAGUGCCUGCUGAUGUCUAAUAAAUUUAAAAUUGAAAAGUGAAUUUAUUUCAAAUGUUUUGAAGACCCUGAAAUGCUUGAGAAGUUGUAUUCUUGUAGAAUGCUCUUGAGUUCUGGUGCCAUAGUCACUUAACAGUGUAGGAUUUCUUGAGUAAAAUGCUUUGGUGGAUAUGGGAGGGGUGUGUCUUCUAAAAUGAAGGCAACAAAGUAACCUGGGAAGAUAAUAAAAAAGUUAUAGCCAUUUCUUCAUUCAGGUGCCUCCUUUUGGGGAUUUGUUAAAAUACACAUGUAAAUCUUUAAUCCUGCUAUCCAGUCUGGCUUUGUCAAGGUCACUGCAGUUCUAAGAAUAUUUAAAUACUGCAUCAGUGGAGGGAAAAAAAAACAAACCAACACUACGUCCAAGUAUCUUGUUUUCAUAUUUAACUUAUCUUUUUAUUGCAAUUUUUAUUUGCUGCUGGAUUUUAGAAGCCAUCUGAAAAUGCUGAGAUGGCCUGUUCCAAGCUCUGACUGACUUUUGAAUGAAGUUGCCUUAAAGUAUCAUAGCCUGUUCCUUCACUGCUGAAUCACCUUAUACAUGACCUGAAUGAUGAUAGUAAACUUGAUCAUUUUGUGCCACAUAAUCAAGGUUGAUAGAGAGAAUGUUCUGAUGUUAUAUGCAAUGUUUGAGGUAUUUAAUUUUGUGUUUUACUGACAUUAUUUUUCUAAUAAAUAUUUGCAAAGCAGUUGAAAAAGAAUCUGUUGGCUGCCUUAACUGUUAUCUGCCUUUUUUUUCUGCUGCAUGACAUAUCUUGUUUUAGGAUGCUAAAGUAAGUUUAUUCAUACUCUUGAUAUUAAAGCUUUUGUUUCGAUAUGGACACAGUAUCCCUCCCCUUUUAUUUAGGAAGGCAUUGUUAAUAGUUAUGGAAAGGCUCAGCCUAAUGUUUCUAAUUUAAACCAUUUAUUUUCAGAUUCUAUGGAAGUAAUGAAUACAAACCUGAUGAUAAUGCUUUGGAAUUCGGUAUUAAACAACUUUCCCUGAAUCUAAGGGAAGCUUUCUAAGAUUAGAAUUAACCUAAAACGUUAUGCCUGUUAUAGAAUAAUAAAAUUCCUGUCCUAAAAAAUCCUCCCUCUUUGAAAGGAAUCAAUUUGACACCAGGCAUACCAAUGUACCAUGACCUGGUUUUAUGCAUUAAGCAUGUUAUCACUGUAUAAAAAACAA